UAUAGCAGGAGUGGGCUACAUUAGUAAAGUUGAGAGUGGGAUACUCCUUAUUGCCACUGAUACUGGUGCAUAUCGGGAUGCUUUAGAAUAUUUAAAUAAAACACUCGACAAAUUGGACGUGAAUGAUAACAGUAAUAGAAAGCCUAUAAUUCUUGUACUGGAUUAUGAGGUGCAGAUGCUUCCAUGGGAAUGUUUUCCCAUAAUGAAGAAAAAAGAAAUUUAUCGCAUGCCUUCUGUUAGCAGCAUCUUUGCUAAUAUAUAGAUAAAGAGUUUUUGCUCUGUAGAUUCAUUUUAUGUAAUAAAUUCAGGGGACGAAGUAGACAUCCUUGAUUCUACCAUGAAUUUUUUCAAAAGGAAAAGAAUUGAGGUAUUUUAUAUGUUUUUAAUUUACAAGAAUACAAAGAAAGGAAACAAAUAUUAAAAAAAAUUAUAUAUUGAAUAUUCUUGUCUUCCAUGUUGCUACUUUAUAGGAAUUAUACACUGUGUGCCCGCCCUCGACGAAUUAAUUUAUGCUUUGGAGAAAUACAACAUGUAUCUAUACAUGUGGCAUGGCUGUGGAUCACAUUUACUUGCCUAUGAUGCGAUCAAGAAACUAGAGAAGUGUCCUGCUGCAUUUCUAAUGGGUUGUGAUAGCGGUGCAUAUGUCUUAAAUGGAAGUUAUGCUCCAAUUUGUACUCCCACGUCAUAUCUUUGUGCUGGUUCUUCAUUUGUAGUUGCCAAUCUAUGGACUGUGACAAGUUGUUAUGUAGAUAAGACAAUAAGAACUAUGUUUACGGAUAUGUUGAAAGCAAGAUCUGACUGGAGUUCAAAAGGCAAGGAACUUGAGCAUAAGAACUACAAAAGUACGAUUGGAGCCAUGGUGUCAAUUGCUCGUAACAGCCAUGCUUUACUGUUGGGGGCGGGUACAGUGUGUUUUGGACUUCCUACUACUAUUUGUAGAAAAAAGAACGUAGCGUCUUCUAAUCCCAACAAGCGCAGAAAGUUAUACUGAGUAGUUUAUGCAUAUUCUUAAGCUAGGAGAGGUUGUGAAACCAACAGAUAAGCAAGACUUGUUCUGAAUUACUUUCCGAUGGAGAAGAACAUUAGUAUAUUGCACUUGAUCAAAGGGUACCUAACCA